UCCAGGGUGGGUGGAGCGAGCCGCCGGCUUGUGAGGGGGCAUUUUCUGUGAGGAAAACAGCCGUUAAUCUGCCGUUGGUCAGGCUGCGGCCAACAUGAGGGGCCAGGAUGGGCCUGAGACGCCUCCUUUUCCCGAAAGCCGCAGUCUUACGACUCUUGACCAUACCCCAGGAGACGCCGGCCCACACCGGUGCCUGAAACUCCGUGAGGAAACUGAGGCGUCACCGGUGAUGGCGGAGGCGAGUGAGGGGAGCUUGCAGACCGUCGCGCUCCCACCGCCUCAGCUUCCAGAGGAGCGGGCAGCCUUCCACGCACCCGCGGGCUGUGGCCAAACUCCCCAGAUCGGAGGCCGUGGAGAUCGAGGUUUCCUAGCGAACGAAGCCGGGCGGGCGGAGGCUCCGCCUCUUACUGAAGGCCUGGAAGCCGGGUCCGACAACAGCUUGAAAAAUGGCUGUCAGCGUGGAGAGCCGCGCGGCCCAGGUGGGGAGAAGCCCUCAGGGACCUGUGGUGCAGCGAUGUCGGGGUAUGAGGUGUUGGAAGAGGUGAAGGCCAGUGAAGUGGAGACUGAAACGUGCACCAUUUUCUCGGUAGCAGUGGAUGAGGUGGUGGAGAAGGAAGGCAUGAAGCAAGAGGAGAUAGUGGAGAAAGAAGGAGUGGAGGUGAUGGAGCAGAAGAUGGAGAUAGAGAAGCAAGUAGGGGAAGAAAUAGAAAUGGUGGAGGAAAAUAGAGCGGUAGAGGAGGUGAAGGAGGAAGCGGGGCUCCGACCCUUGUAUAUGGAUCUCCGCAUGAACCCCCUGGAAGCCAUCCAACAGGAACUG